CCUAUUUGUUGACACUCGACGAAAUUUUGACAACGCAGCAGCGUAAAGUUAUCUCAAAUUUUAAGUGAAAAUAUGGUCAGAAAAAGAGGAACAGAUUGAAGUAAUCCUGUCUUGAUUAUAUAGAAGUGAUAAUAACAGAUAAUCAAGCAAAAUCUGAGUUUUUGGUUGAAUUACAAACAUCUUUGAAGUCAGGAGAACUAAAGUAGUAUUCUAGAGAGACAAGAAUCUUGAUAUGAAAAAAACGUUCCAUUACGGUAAAUCGUAGGGAGAAAUAAUAUUAAAGGACAGCCAUGUUUAAGUCCAAGAAGAAGUCGAAGCUGCCCGCGAGGCCCAUCCCGCCCUCUUGGGAGGAGAUGGAGGAGGACCUUCGCGUCGUGGCCAAGGAGGACUUCAUCUUCACCCUCAAGGCCGAGUCGGAAGAAAAGGAGGAAAUUGAGAAGGUCAGCAAUGGAGCAGAAGAAGGUGAAGAUGUCACAGAGGCACAUAUCUUUGCACAUGCUGUCACAUUUGUGGAGAAGAAUGAUGAGCUAGUACACAACAUGAGGCGCUUGGAUGAGGCCAGAGAAAAGCUGGAGGAUGUUAGCAGCAGCCUAGAGAAGACCGUGGCCAAAGUGAAAGAGCAGGCGCUGGUGGCCAUGGAUGGAUACUAAAGAGCUUGUUUAGAGGAAUAUGGUUAUUAAAUAGAUAUGGCACAAUUAAAGAUUUUGCUCUAAGGCAGAAUUAGAUUUUUUUCUUUAUGUAUUAAGAAAACAAACUUAUUUCAGUGCUAGUUAUUUAUUUUGUUAUGUCAUGGUAUAUUGAUUUUAUUUGUAUAGACAAAUAGAGGCAAUUAGGAAAAUACUAUUUAUGUUUUUGUUUAAUGUUUGCAGUGUAAAACAUUUUGCUUUUGCUUAUUUAUAAUAAAAGAUAUACAUGU